GAACUUUACAAUUUGGCACGCCAGGAGAGGCAUACGAAUCUACGAUACCAAAGCGGAGGGAGGAGGGGAGAGGAGAGGAGAAAGGUGUACAAGGGGAAGGAAGGAGUGGAAUGAAUUUAGAGUGCUCCGAUCCGAGUCUCUGGAAAGAGGCUCUUUCAUCCUACUCAACUCGCAUUCAAUCCCUCGACAAACCCAAUUUAAUUUCCCUCGACCACUUCUACUGCAACCAACUCCCUCCAAUUCUUCACCAACGAAACCCUAACCCCUACAUCACCACCACUGAACUCUCCACUCUCAUGCAAUGGAAGCUCACGCGUGGCAAAUGGAGGCCGCGUUUGUUGGACUUCGUUUCUUCUUUGGAUGAGGUCCUGGUGAAAUCCACAUCCCAAAAGGCAUUUCAGUCUCUUCCCGAUGUCUCCAAGGCUGUGUCCGAGCUUACGGUGCUCAAAGGCGUUGGUCCUGCUACCGCCUCCGCUAUUUUGGCCGCUUACGCCCCGGAUUUGGCACCGUUCAUGUCUGAUGAGGCUAUGGAGGCGGCCCUUGGGAACUCAAAAGAUUAUUCACUCAAGCAGUACCUGCUGUUCGCUGAUAAACUCCAGACUAAAGCAAAGGAAUUAAGUUCAGAAGACGAUACCUUCACUCCAUCAGAUGUAGAAAGGGCUUUGUGGAGUGUUGCUGUAGGGGCCAAGAUUAAUCCAUCUAAAACCUCCAAGAGGAAGAGAAAAAGUUGAUUUAGCGUCGAGGAAGUUGACUACAAUGCAUAUUCAGUUUUCUAAAACUAUGUCCUCUGUAAGUCUUAUAUGUUCUUACAGCUUGUUCAAGGCCCUUAACUGACAGUUGUAAAUUUUUAUUUACUUAAUGCUAAACCUUUUUUUCUUUUUGCUA